AUGGAUUCAAAGUUGUUCUUUGGAGCUUUUAUUACUGUUGCUUUUCUGGUCUGCAGUGACUCGUACUUCGUUAAAAUGACCAAUGUAGUCUGCAAGUCUUAUAACGAAUCGUGGGUCGUUUUCCAUUAUUGCCGACUGAAAGCCCAUUCCCGCAACAAAACCAGCUUAAAUAUAAAUGCAACCGUUCUGGAGCCAGCUAAUAACAUUUUCGUCAGAGCAAAGUUUAUGAAGAAGGCCAGUGGCUAUAAGCCAUUUCUGGUUGAUUUUAAAUUAGAUGCCUGCGAAUUUAUGAGAAAAAGAAAUAAUCCUGUCGCUAUUAUCAUACAUAAUAUGAUCAAAGAAAUAUCCACGCUCAAUCAUACCUGUCCCUAUGUGGUGAGAUCACGGCUGAGCGAUUUCUAUGAACUUCGAAUUCCAGUUCCACUGCCAUCUGGAGACUACUUACUUCUAUUGGAUUGGAUAUUCGAUGCUAAGACGCAGGCUGCUACAAAUGUUUAUUUCACCUUUGUGGAGGAUUAA